UCCCAGCGCAUGCAAGGUGAGACUUCAGCCUACUAGGCGACUGCGCCAGGCCCAUGAAGCUAGAAUUUGAACCUAGGCACUGCCUUAUGGAAAGGGCAUCUUAACCACUGCACCCAGCCUCACUUCCGUUCUCUGCUAUUUAUCCCCCUCUUUUCAUCUGCUGCUCUAUCCCGCCUCACCUGUUUCUCCACUUUCCUGUCUUCUCUGUUCAGGCACCAUUGCCUUCCUUUACUGUGCUUUCUCGUGCUGCACACGCACCACCCCCACCCCCAGUUAUCUUGCGUGACUCAGCCUGAGUUUGGGACUCCCUGAGUAGCCUCAACACCGAUGGAAAUGUUGAUUAUCUUGAUGGUGGGGUUGAUAUCAGUUGCGUACAUGCGUCAGAACACACAGAAGCGUGUACUGUAAGUGUAUGUCAUCCAUGCCUUUCCUCUCACUGUACAGUUGAUCAUUUGAUCCGGCCUGAAGUUCAGGGGUUUCUGCCCCUGCCUCACAUUCUAACCAUUCUUUAACCAGAUUUGACUAAUAAUCUAAUUAUGUUUUCUCCUAGACACCAUGUCACAAGAAGAGUGAGUGCUUCCUCAUCUCCAGGAUGGAAGAGUCCGGAAAGACUUUUAGCUCUGAGGAGGAAGAAGCUAGCUACUGGAAGGAUCUGGCCAUGACCUACAAGCAGAGGGCUGAGAACACACAGGAGGAGCUCCGGGAAUUCCAGGAGGGCAGCCGGGAGUAUGAGGCGGAGCUGGAGACACAGCUGCAACAGAUUGAAAGCAGGAACCGGGACCUCCUGUCAGAAAAUAACCGCCUCCGCAUGGAGCUGGAAACCAUCAAGGAAAAAUAUGAAAUGCAGCAUUCUGAAGGCUACAGGCAAAUCUCCGCCUUAGAGGAUGACCUUGCACAGACGAAGGCAAUUAAAGAUCAGCUGCAAAAGUAUAUCCGGGAGCUGGAGCAAGCCAAUGACGACCUGGAAAGAGCCAAGCGGGCCACGAUCAUGUCUCUGGAAGAUUUUGAACAGCGCCUAAAUCAAGCCAUUGAAAGAAAUGCCUUCCUGGAAAGCGAACUUGACGAGAAGGAGAAUCUCCUGGAGUCCGUUCAGCGGCUGAAGGAUGAAGCCAGAGAUUUGCGGCAGGAGUUGGCCGUGCAGCAGAAGCAAGACAAACCCAGGACACCCAUGCCCAAAUCAGUGGAGACUGAAAGGACAGACACAGCUGUACAGGUCACUGGCUCCGUACCGUCCACUCCCAUCACUCAUCGGGCACCCAGUUCCAGCUUCAACACACCAGGGGCCUUCAGGCAUGGUCUGGAUAGCUCUGCUGGUGGGACCCCACUCACACCUGCUGCCCGGAUAUCAGCCCUCAACAUCGUGGGAGACCUGCUGCGGAAAGUUGGGGCAUUGGAGUCCAAACUUGCUUCCUGCCGGAACUUCGUGUACGAUCAGUCCCCAAGCCGGACGAGUGGGCCAGCCUCAGGACAGGGCAAUAGGAGCAGAGAUGGCAGCGACAGACGGUCAGGCAACACCAACGUGCCUUUGGGUGACAAAGGGUUGGGAAAACGCCUGGAAUUUGGGAAGCCGCCUUCGCAUAUUUCUUCGCCGCCGCUGCCGUCAGCCCAGGGUGUAGUCAAGAUGUUGCUUUAGGAAAACCAUGGAAGCUUCCGGAGCCCUUGGUGUGUGUGUGUGUGUGUAGGCAUAGUUGCUUUCAUCUCCCUUGUCACGCUAGGUGUCUGGUUUCCUUAAGUUAGUUGGAAAAAUGCGAGCCAGAGGUCACCAUUGUUCAUUUUUUUGUACUUUGUGGCCCAGACCUGUUGAGGCCUUUGCCGUGGUUCCCAGCGUUUGCCCCUGUACAAUGCCGCCGCAGUUCCAACCUCCAUGUCAGAGUGUGCAUCGUGAAGAGACAGGAGGGGCUGUGAGUGGGGCUGACAAGGAUAGCCUCUUGUUCUGAGCAUGCCCAAGAGUACUGGGUGGCUUUCAGAGGGAACUUUGAGUGCCUGGAGUCGCCUUCCUGCUGGGAUCAAAGCCCAUCCCAGACCUGCUCUCUGCACAGCCCACGUUCAGCUGGAGUUCUCUUCCAGAGGGAAGUCUCCUACUGCUCGAUGCGAACAGAAGUCAUGUUUGGGAGCAGAGAACUGAAGAGGCCUUGGUUUGAACCAUGGUCCUGUACCUUUGGGACUUUUAAUGCGUCUCUCCUGAGAUUUUCAGGUGAGUUUCAGAAUGAUUUUCAGGUGGCCAGGGUUGGUGGGAGGUGUGCGUCUUCAGGCAAAUCCUGAGUCCACCGCCAUGGCGUGAGGGUGACUUCUGUGUCACAACCUUCGUGAAAUGACCAGGGCCUCCCAGAUAUGACUCAAACCCAGGAUUGGGAUUAGAAGUUUCCUUGUCAAAUGACGGGACAAUGCAGGAUUGCCAGUGCUUGCCAUGAGCUGCUGUCUCACGCUUCCCCACGCCAGGCAGAAGAACACACUAAUUUCAGAAGCAUGUGUACAGCUUAAUGGCCUUCAUUUUGUUACUCGAUGAUUUUUCUAAGAGAACUAUAAAAAUAUUGAGUUGGAAAUAGGACUUUGCAAGUGCUACUGAAAUAAAGCAGAUUUUAUCCUGACAUUCUAACCCAUAUUGGCAAAAAUGUACUUUUAUUUUUCUAAAAGAAAAUAAAAUCCAAAGGAAGUCGCAGU